AAAGUCAGGCUGAGAGUCGCGUUGUGGUGAUGUCAUCAGAGCAGCGCUGACUGAAUCCAUUCUAAGUAGGGCGACUGUGGCAGCUCUUUCGCUGAGGGGGCGGUGGACUGCCGGUGGCAUGUUACCGGCUAUGAAUACUGUGGAGGCGGAAGAGGAGUACGCGGAGGAUUGUCCUGAACUGGUCCCCAUUGAGACCAACAAACAAGAGGAGGAAAAUCUUGACUUCAUCGUUAAGAUUCCAGUCACAAUUAUCACCGGGUAUUUAGGUGCUGGAAAGACAACACUUCUGAACUAUAUUUUGACUGAACAGCAUAAUAGAAAAAUUGCAGUUAUUUUAAAUGAAUUUGGAGAAGGGAGUGCAGUAGAGAAAUCCUUAUCUAUCAGUCAAGGUGGAGAACUCUAUGAAGAGUGGCUGGAACUUAGAAACGGUUGCCUCUGCUGUUCUGUGAAGGACAAUGGCCUUAGAGCUAUAGAGAAUCUGAUGCAAAAGAAGGGGAAAUUUGAUUACAUACUCUUAGAGACCACUGGACUAGCAGAUCCUGGUGCAGUGGCUUCUAUGUUUUGGGUUGAUGCUGAAUUAGGAAGUGAUAUUUAUCUUGAUGGUAUCAUAACUGUUGUAGAUUCAAAAUAUGGAUUAAAACAUUUAACUGAAGAAAAACCCAAUGGCCUUGUCAAUGAAGCUACGAGGCAAGUUGCUUUGGCAGACAUGAUUCUUAUCAAUAAAACAGACUUGGUUUCAGAAGAGGAGCUAAACAAAUUAGCUGCAACUAUCAGAUCAAUAAAUGGACUGGGAAAAAUUUUAGAAACUCAAAGAUCAAGAGUUCAUCUCUCAAAUAUAUUAGAUCUCCAUGCCUAUGAUACUCUCACUGGAAUAAG